UCGGCAUAAGAGCAUCGGAGCUCGGCUGUAUUAUUUUUAAUCUCCCGCAGCUGCUGCAGUUGCGUCCCGUUGCGCGAGCCGAGCUAGCCGUGUUCUGCAAGCUUCGCAAAAAUAGAAGGACGGAGAAUGUGAGCCCACAGCUUCAAAAAAAAAAAAUAAAUAAAUAAAUAAAUAAAUAAAAAGUCGCGCUCUUUACUAUCCCUUUCCGUCAUCUGCAACUAUAGCACCUCUGGACUCUGUAUGGUCCUUUUUUGCUGAAGGCGCCCGUGUUGUGAGUGCAUGGAGUUGCCCAAGUGAUCAAUACAAAUUGGGGUUGGAAUAAAAAUACCGCGAGUUACGACACACGUCUUGCGUCAAUUGUGCAUAGCUUUGACAUUUACCUGACGCGUAAUAUGGUGGACACUGCGAGCUUUUUCGGCUGAUCUGUGGAUAUUUUGAAAGAUACAUUAUAUUCGAGGCAAAAAAGAGAGAGAGAGAGAGACAUGCCGCGGGUGUCGAGAACUUUACUGCUCUUGAGUUUUCUCCUUCUGAUCCUGGACCGGAUUUCCGGAGCGGCUGUCGUCACGACUUCGCAUCCCAAUGACAACGACGACAACGACGACGAGGAGGAUGAGAAAGAGGGUGGCAACAGGAGUACCACGGAACCGAGUGAGCAGCGCGAUUGGCGAGACAACGCGCACAUGUAUCACGUGCUGCCGAGAUCGUUCCAGGACAGCGACGCCGACGGCGAGGGUGACCUACAAGGUAUAAUCGGACAUUUGGAAUAUUUUCGUGACAUCGGAGUGGACGUCGUAAGACUCGGUCCGAUUUUCUCGUCUCCAAUGCGCGACUCGGGCUAUGACGUAUCAAACUUCACCAGCAUUGACGAGAUUUACGGAGACUUUGACGAUUUCUACCAGCUAGUUAGCGAACUUCACAAAAGAGGUAUAAAAAUUAUCCUGGACAUCGUUCCGAAUCACUCCAGCGACCAGCACGAAUGGUUUCUCGAAUCAGCUGCUGAUAAAGAACCGUAUGACGAUUACUACAUUUGGGCUGACGGCAAAGUCGAGGAUAACAAGCUGGUUCCUCCAAAUAACUGGAAAAGCGCUUACAGCGACAAAGAGGGCUCAGCUUGGUCGUGGAAUAAGCAAAGGAGACAGUGGUUUUAUCACAAAUUCCACGAAUCCGAGCCAGAUCUUAAUUUGAGAAACGAGGAUGUUAUCAAAGAAAUUUUGGAUACAUUCGACUUCUGGUUGGAGAGGGGUGUCGAUGGUUUCUGCAUUAGCGGAGUAUCGUAUAUAUUCGAAAAUGAAGAGAUGCUCGAUGAAUCAAACGAGGAUGAUGAAGAUGGUGACAACGACCAAGACGGCAAUAACGACGAUGAUUCCUACACGACGGGGGAGUCGGACAACAUCGCACUAUUGCAGAGAUUUCGGGAACACAUCGACAACUGGGCUCGAGAACAUGACGACGAGCCCAAAUUACUACUUGGAGAAGUAGAUGAGGAUGACGAGCAAGUGAUUUCUUAUUACGGCAACGAGACGCAUCCUGGUCUAACACCCCUGAGUUUACUUUUGAUCACCGACUUGAACGCCACCAACAACGCAGGUGACAUCAAAAUGUUGAUCGACGACUGGAUGGAUGAUUUGCCGAGGGAUGCCGAGCCCAUUUGGAUGCUCUCGAAUCAAGACAACUCGAGAGUUUCAUCGAGGCUGGACAACGACACCUUGGACGGCAUGUUGAUGCUGACGAUGCUGCUUCCGGGACAGGUGAUGACCUACUACGGCGACGAAAUCGGGAUGACAAAUGGGAACGUCUCGUGGGAGGAGACGAUCGAUAUGCGCGCUAUAGCGCAAGGGGAGGAUGAUUACGAGGACAACUCGCGGGACCCCUUCAGGACCCCGAUGCAGUGGGAUGACACAACUUCGGCUGGAUUUUCCCUGAACGAGUCGACCUUUCUACCGGUCGGCUCUGAUUAUCUUGAGUACAACGUGGACAAACAAUUGCUCGAUCCGGACAGUAAUUUACUGGCCUACAAGAGGCUCGCGGAGCUGAGGGAAAAUCCGAUAUUUGUUCAUGGCACUUAUGACCUGACGGUAGUCAACGAUGACAAAGUCCUUAUUUUAAAGAGAACGUACGAGGGGAACACUUGCCUCGUCGUUGUUAAUUUUGGCGGCGCGAAAGAGACGGUGAACUUGACUCACCUGUACGAUGAUCUAGAGAAGGACCUACAAGUAAUGGUUGAUUCGAGUAACGCGGACGUAGACAACGUUAAUGACGAGGAUGACGAUGACGACAUUGAGAAUGACGCGUUUGUGUUGGAUGCUAAUGCAGCUGCUGUUCUUUGUGACAAGCACAAUUUCGAUGAAUCGGAUAACACCACACUAGCUUACGAAACUACCACAGAAGAAGAGGAUGAUGAUGUUGAUUCUACGUCAGAACCGGUAACUCCGACUUCAACAGAAGAACCAAGUACAGUCUAUGGGUUUCCUACUGAAGAGCCUGAACCAAGUUCAGCAAGCAUAACACAAAUUGUUCAAUUUAUUAUUAUUAUUCUUACUGUAGUGUCAUGUUUCCUAUGAAUAGCGUAAGGAUUUAUUUCGUUGUAAAAUUUGUACAAGAAUUUUUUAACCUUAAGAUACUUUUAAUAAAUAUAUUUUUUAAAAGAAGCCAA